AUGGAAGAUACUUUUGACAUUAUCCUUGACGACACCUCGAAACCGGUAUGGGAAAAUAGGGCCGAGUCUCCAAUAAUCGAUUACGUUCCUGCAAGUAUACCAAUGGGCAAGUACAAGCUAAAAUUAAAAUACGGGGGUUUCUUUCGGUUAGCGAAGAACACUUGUAAGAAAAUAUAUUGCUUUGGCUCUCAAAAAUGCAUCCACAUAGACACAUGGUCCUACAAUUUGAGUCAACUAAACGAAGAAGUUAUAAAGCGUUAUUCAUCAAAGAACAAUCCAAAAUUUUCAAUUUCCUAUGUUGAUAAGUGUGCAUCAGGCCAAUCCUUUAUUGAGCUUGAUUCUGAUGAGAAGUUCAUGGCUAUGCUUAAUAUGUAUGAAAAAGAGAAAGAUGUAACCAUUUACAUCACAACAGAGAAUAACCACAACUCAAACAAUGAGUGUGCGCAUAACCAUUUAUGUGACAACAUAAAUGAACCCCAUGAUGAUUCAGACUACUGUCCUAGUGAAGAAAGCUAUUAUAGUCACCUUAGUUCUGAGAAUGAAGAUGAGCCAACAAAUGAUGAUGAAGCAGCUUACUCUUUUAGUAAGAAUACUCUAUGCAUGAAAGUUGGCACAAAAUUUGAAAAUGUGGUUGCUUUUCGGAGAGCUUUGAACCAUUACGCAAUCAUAAAUGAGUUUGACUACUAUAUUCAAAAAAGUGACCCGACACGAUUCACAGCAAGGUGUGAAAAUAUAGAUUGCAAUUGGAGAAUUUAUGCGUCUGUCAUGCAAGAUGGUAUUACCUUUGAAGUUAGGAAACUUGAAGAAUGA